UCUUUCUGAUUCUGCAGGUUUCGAACGCAAAUUGCUUGAGCUUCCUUCCAGUUGACGGUUGUGUACAUAUAGGUUGUCUUUGCCAAAAAUACAUUCUGAAAAUGAAUAAAAUGCUGUUCAGUGUCAUUUUUGUGGCUUUCACCAUUUCGUAUGGUAAUUGCUUGGAGUGUUAUACCUGUGAUUCCAGCCAGACUGGCCUCUGCAAUUUUGGCAUUGCAUCCUUUGUGAUGCCCACUGUGGAUUGUGAUAAACAGAUAGGGGAUAGUAACCCCCUUACAAACUGGAUUCCAAAACAGUGUGUGAAACUCACUGCUAAAGAUGCCGAAGGAAAAGAAUAUGUAGCAAGGGGAUGCAUUCCUUAUUCAGGAGGUGCAUGCGAUGUCAUAAUGAGCACUUUGGGAUUCUUCAGCAAGAUUGGUGGAGGUGCCAAAGACCUACACUGCUACCCCUGCGAUGGUGACAAAUGCAAUUCUUCCAUCUCAGUUCAGCCAAGUAUUGCUGCAACCCUGAUUCUCAGUAUUCUUUUCUGCAUUUUUAAGCUUUAAACGCCUACUUCCACGUCGUUCAUUCGAUUCAAGAAUAUACUCUUUGUUCGAAUUAUUUUGUAUAGCUUCAAGUAGUUUUAAACCUUGAUUAAAAUGUUUUACUUUGUUAAUUUUAUGUUUUCGGCGACUUUCGUACUACUCAGUCUUUACUAUACUGAAAUUUAAGUUUUUUAGGUUAGGUGAGGUUAAGUUAUGAAAUUCGUUUUGAAUGUAUUUUUAAUAAAUGGCUAAUGGCAGGUGUAAACACGAAAAAUUAAUAUACAUAUAUCAAUGUUAGAGUUCAUAAUGCUUUUAGUUAAGAAGAGAACGUUUCUAUAUAUCUGUAGUUUUUAUACUGUUCAUGGAAAUUUUAUAUUUUUAGAUUAUGUGACUCGGUCUUGCUUCAGGGAAAUUCGCCUUUAAAUCGAAAUUUAUGUAUUAAUAAUUUGUCACCAUCCUUAGAAGCAUGUUUUUUAUUUCAACAUUGACUAAAUGUGUUUUUUGUGAAAUCCUUUUCAUAUACGAAUAAAAUAUAAAUAUUAUCCCCGACUAUCUGUAUGUUGAAUAUUUAUAAAUUUUAUGUUAACUUUGUAUGCAUUUUGAAUACUUUAAUUAGCUAUUGUCAACCUCGAUUCCAUUUUGUUACCUAUUGCGUGAAGAUUUCAUAUUGAUUUUUUUCUGAACAGCCAAUUUUUUUUUGUAGAUACUUCAUGUUCGAUACCAUUUCAGCUGAAUUUUGUAUCAUAUGACUUAGGUAUCAUAUCAACUUUUUUUUAUGAUAUAAACAGCACCAACUAUUUAUUUUUGUAUAAAUUAAUUUUUUCAAUAAAUGUGAUUGUACGAA